AAAGCAAGCGCAACCUUCCGGGGUGCCUUCCACUUCACUUUUAGACAGACCCUCGCGAACUUCCCUAAGCACUUCCCCUCGGCGAAUCCCCGCCGCCAUUUUGAAGUGCGUUCCACUUCCUUAAGUGAAAGAUACCAUAGAGCGUGGACUGUCACACAGAUAACACCUGUUCAUGCAUGUGAAGCUGGAGAACAGUCUUUUCCAGAAUCACAAGAUGUACUUGGUCCUGCUUUGAAAACUUCACCAGUGGAUGUACAUCUGCCCCAAACUAUGCCAUCGUCAUCUAGUCCUGUGGAGAACUCCCCAUCUUGGGAGGCGUAUGCUGUACCAUGGCACAAAAUGCCAGCAAACCUUAUUGUUGCCUUAAGUGAAAAGAAAAGACCAAAGCCUAAAGAAAGAAGAGAGCUGGUCCGCAUAGUCAUUGAUGAUGUUCUCAGUAAAGAGCAUGGGAGGCCUGGAAGAGCAAAGCUGCGGGACAUUGCCAAGGAGAUUGUACAGCAAUAUCCCUGCUCUUUCCAAGACAGAGAGCUCAAUGGAACUAAAGUCAUAGGAACAGGAUACGAUGCUCUUUUUUUACAGUUAGAAAACAGAGUUGAAAAUGUUCGUAGGCCAUUAACCAUCAGUUCCAAAAAAAGGCUGGCAGAGGAUGAAAAUGCAAUUAGGAAAAAGUCCACCCAUUCAGAUCGUUAUGGAUGUGUAGAGUGGCAGCCUGAUAUUGAGUGUACACCUGAACUAGAAUCUAAGCACAAUGAAUUGAAAAAUGCCUUUAGAACCAAUCAUCUGCAUGAGUCAAGUGUUCGAAAACUGAUGGCGGAAACAUAUUCCAUCCAGCGUGCAACGAUCAACAAAGGAAGCACUGUCAACACAGUAAUGGAAGAGUGGCCCUUCCUUUUUGAAGCAGUUUACCUAUUUGAUCACACAUGUACUCUUCUUGGCUUUCCGGUGCAACAAAAGCUGGCUGAGGAAUUGUCAAAAAAAGGAAAGACCAUCAUAGAUUUUCUUGACUCAAAAGGCAUGAAGAUGCAACUAGUUGAAAAUCCAGUACAACUGAUCUCUGCCAUUGCCAAAUUCUUCAAGAAAACCCUGAUUGCCUCUUUUCCCAACAUGAGGUAG